GAGAAACAUCUACGCGCUGAGGCAACAAGUGGAUUUAGUGAUUUCGUCAGAUCUUAGUUUUAAGAUCACGUUAUGUAUAUAAAUUAAAUGUUUUCAAACAUAGGAAGAGUUCAGGUCGCGUCAGUAGUACAUGAAGUGAGUGAUGUGAGGCAGUUAAAGUGGAGUUUGUUAUCUAACGGCUGUGUUUGAGGGGAUUUACGGUUAAAUGCUCGCAGUUGGGUAAUGCGCGCGCGACCCUCUGCGUUGUUGUGAGUGCACGCGCGUCUUCAUUACAGGUGUAAAGAGAGAAAGUUGUGCAGGUGAAUUCAUGAUGUCUGAUUCUGGAUCAGAUGAAGAUGUAAAUAGGCUCACAGCUGAGGAGGGGGGAUCAACAGAAUCCGUCCGCAAGCGGCAGGUGUCCUAUUUUGGACAUACAAUAUCCGCGGAGGGGGUUGCAACGGACCCGGAGAAGACCAGAGUGGUGGCGCAAUGGCCAAGGCCAGCUACUGCAGCAGAACUUAAAUCAUUUUGGUGUUGCGGGAUACUAUAGGCGAGUUGUGAAGAACUUUUCUCAGUUAGCGGCACCUUUGCAUGGCAUUGCAGCAGUGGACUAGGGCUGUCACGAUAAACCGACGAUAAAUAUCAGGUGAUUUAUGCACAGCUUUUGAGUGAAGUACGGGAAAAUGCUGCUGCAUCCGAAAGCCAGAGGGCGCUCUCGUGCGGAAACUCCAAAUACACACUGCAGAAGAAGACCAUGACGCCUUCUAGAAUCUAGGAAAUGCCUAUGGACAUCUUUUUAUCACUGUUACUCAAGCCUCAUCAGGGAUGUGACCCUCUGGUUUCAACCCAGCGCAGCAAACUGCAACAACGGAGAGCUAAACUCAACCAGCAGAUCAACCGUGAGCUCCUUCUGCGCACCGGAGCAGAAAAUCUCUACAGAGUCAGCAGCAAUCAGAAGGUAUUGGAGACUGUGGCGUUGGAGUUGAGCUUUGUCAACUCAAACCUUCAACUUCUCAAAGAGGAACUGGAGGAACUGAACAGCACCAUGAACGUUUAUCAGACUGAGAGUGAGACAGUAAAUGUGCCCAUGAUUCCACUGGGGUUGAAGGAGACUAAAGAGAUUGAUCUGACAGUCCCGCUUCAGGAUUUUAUCAGCGAACAUUAUGGUGAGGAUUCCUCUCUAUACCUGAAUGAAAUCCACGAGUUCAUGGAGCUUAGACAGGCCAUGCGAACUCCCACUCGGAAUGAUUCGGGCCAGGAGCUGCUGAUGGAAUAUUACAAUCAGCUCUAUUUCCUGGACCAGCGUUUCUACUCGCCUCACAGAACUCUGGGAAUUCAUUUCCACUGGUAUGAUUCACUGACCGGUGUGCCGUCGGUUCAGAGAGCGCUGGCGUUCGAGAAAGGAAGCGUUUUGUUUAACAUCGGAGCGCUUCAUACUCAGAUUGGAGCCAGACAGGAUCGCUCGACGCUGACUGGCAGUCAGAACGCCAUCGAUGCUUUUCAGAGAGCCGCAGGUGCGUUUCUCUACUUGCAGGAGAAUUUCUCUCACGCACCCAGUCUGGAUAUGAGCAGCUCGGCUCUGAGCAUGCUGGUCCGGCUCAUGGUGGCUCAGGUUCAGGAGUGUGUGUGUGAGAAAGUCAUUCUGAACGUGCAGGACAACAAUCUGAAUGUGUUACUGCAAGCGGCACAGGAGGCAGCAAGGGUAUCAGACGUAUAUUCUCUGGUUCUUCAGGCCAUGUCAGUACCGUUGCUGAAAGACUAUGUUCCUUUCUCCUGGAUCUCAAUGGUUCAGGUGAAAACGCAUCAUUUCCGAGCACUGGCUCAUUAUUACACAGCUGUGGCACUGUGUGACUGCUCAGGUAUGAGAUAUGAUGAUGAAGAUGAUGAAGGUCGAGAGAUUAAAGCUCUCAUACAGAUUCACACCAGAUGCCCAGACAAACUCAACCUUCAGGAUCCAGAGGACAAACGCAGACUGGGUAAAGCUCAUCUCCGUAAAGCCAUCAUACGGCACGAGGAAGCCCUGCGUCUUCACGGCGUGUGUAAGAUGCUUCGUAAGAUGGACAUCCUGCAGGAGGUUCUGUCACGAGCUCACGCGCGCUCGCUGGAGAAAUACUCCGAUAUCGAUCAGGAAGACGAUUUUUGUGAGGUCGCCGAGGCUCCAGAGAUUCAGUCUCACACACAACAGAAGCCUGAUAUUAAAACUCCUGAUUUCAGUGCGCUCAGAGUGACUGAUAUUUUCCAUCGACUGGUAACACACACACACACACACACACUCUUUCAGAGGCUGAUAGUGACGCUACAGAACCGUGUGACGUUCAUCUCUGUUGUACAGGGUCCUCUGACUGUGUUUUCUGCUCGAAGCCGAUGGCAGAGGCAUCACGUGUGCUUAGUUCGAGGAGAGACGGGACUAGGACUUACACUCCGAGGUGAUUCGCCGGUUCUGGUUGCCGGGGUGUUGCUAGGGGGAUGUGCUGCGGAGGCGGGGAUCCGCGAGGGCGAUUACAUCAUAGCCAUUAAUGGCGUAGACUGCAGGUGGGCGGAGCAUGCAGAGGUCGUUCACGCCCUGAAGAGCUGCACAGAGAGAGGACUAGAGCUCGACGUCAUCACGCUACAAACACACGAGAUAGAGAGAAGGACGAUUCUUUCAUCCACCGGUGAUAAAGAGACUCAGUCAUGCGGUUCGAGGAAGCAGGGCCGGGAUUACGAGCGUUCGUCAUGGAACUGGAGCUGGAGGAGCGGUGGAGUCCGCAAGAGACUCGGAAGCAAUUUCAAUCUUUCCUUUGGAAACUUCCGUGAAGGUGAAUCCAUGUACUGAGAAGAAGAUAAGCACUAUUCUACCUUCUGAAAACUGACUACACAAAUCAGUCCAGCAGAGCACACGUGAUUUCAUGCUUACAUGCGGUUAGAUUUAAAGAGCUGAACAAAAAUCACAUGGCACAAAACUAGAUUAGAAGAACAGAAGUAAAGCACACUGAAGAGGUUUUUCUCAGUGGGGAUGAGUGAUUUUCUUACACGUGUAGCUGAAUGAUGUUUAAUUCGAUAAAAAGUAUGAAAGCGAGUGUCAUCUGCACUGAAAUGAUGGUAGAGGUUUAUUCACAACUGUCUUCACUCUUUCUUCAAUGAGCAUCAUGGCAUCUUUAAAAUAAAGGAUGCUUGUUUUUAUUCAAUGAAAACACAUUUUGAUAAGUUUCUACAUAGCAUGUGGGGCCACUGUAAAUAUAUCAUAAUGCCCUUGCACACCAAAUGUUUUAGAACAAGGUUUUUCUCCAUGUCGCAUGCUUAGUGUGUCUCGGGUUUGUCAUCAUCACAAAAGGACAAUAAUAAUCACACAAAACAUUAAUGAGACACAGCAAGACCUUCAAGCAAUAAUAAGAAAAUGUUUGACUUGAACCAGUUUCAGUUUAUAUUGUUAAGAGCUAGGAGGUUUUUGUAUUAUGUAUUUUUGCACAGGAAAAAAAUUGUUUUGUGUUGUUUUGUGUGUUAAGACUAAGUCGUUCUUGUUUUCCGUUUGUUGUCAGAUAUGAUUUGUAUUAGCCAGCAUUCAAACUGCACUCUGCCUUCAUGAAUUAAAACAGUAUUUCCAUCUCA